CGCGCGGUCAGUCUUCCAUCAGGGUCGAUUCUCUGAAGUAUUCUUGACUUCCCAAGAAUACUUAUCUUCCCAUCAGUAAUAGGGGAAGUAUAUUUCCCCUAUUAUACUUCCCCUAUUACUUCCCCUGACUGACUUUUGAUAUUAUAUCCCCGGACUCUUUUUUGCAGCCGAUUGUACUCCUUUCUUUAAAAAUGCGUCGAGAUGAACCCCAAGUACCAUCGCAUCCUCAGCGUAUAUCCCCUUCACUAUUAGUCCAAUGUCACUCUCACCUUUAACGGCCUUACCCCCCCGAGGACAGUGCACCCAGGUCAUUGACAACGUCCAGCACUGUCACUGUCCAUGCUUCACCCCUCCUGCUUCCAUCCUGCUAGACCAGAAUAUCUGCGGUCUGUGUGGACAUGGUAUUCACUCCCAUGUCGACUACGUUUCGAUGGUCGUCGAUCAUUAUCCCCAAACUCAGUGUGCGGCGUAUGUCCAAAAGACGCCUCUGACGCAAUGCUGCACCUGUGAAGCCUGGCUCAGCGAUCAUGUCGCUAUCAAUAACUGGUUUCGUUCUGUGGAGCCACGGAAUGUUAUGGGCAAUUUCUCGGACAUCGAUGGCCCUUCUUCCGAUGCCAACGCGAUCCGCUUUUCCAACGACGCCAUCAACAAUCCAUCCACCCCCAGUUUCAUCAUGUCCUCUCCUUCUGCCUCUUCCGACACUAUCACCUUUUUUCACGAUGCGAACCUCGUGUUGAGCACUGGGGCGCCUAUUUUCUCCCCGUCUACCAACAGCGCACCAUCCGAUAUCCAAUCGGAUAUCACUCAGACCCAAGCUUAUGCCUCCGACCAUCACUCUGUUCAAUAUCCGGACCAUUUCAUCAACUCCUACACUCGUCAGCCAGACGGCGACGCGGCGGAUGAGAGUCUAUAUUACCACAACGAUCCGAAUGUGAUAUACAGCGCGACGCCUGACGCGGACGCCUGGCCAGGCUCACACGCUUAACCUAUGCCGGCGACAGGUUGCCAGGAUCUUUGAUCCUUGCUAUUCUCUACCUAUCCAUCCAUAGCCCAAAACAAUAUCUACGUCCAAUCAAUUGCGCCGUGCGCACCUGGUGUAUUCCCAUUCCCAUUUUCCCCGCUCAGCUCUUCUCCCACCAAUCUCCAUCACAAGACAGGACCUCAUAUUCCUCGUAUUAUUUCGCUGUUUACCGUUUCCAGUAGCUAUGUUCCGUUUUCUAUGUUCUUUUUUGUAUCUAUUUAUCACCAGUUUUGUCGGGAUCUAUGUACUACCAGUUCGCUUUCGAAUCGUUUGCUUUGAUCUUGUUAUCUGUCUGUACAGUAUGUUGGUGUUGCUUUGCUAGUUAAACGUCAUUAGGGCGAACAUCAUGGACUUUUGCUAGUUCUUCGGAUGAACUACUAUAUAUAUCAUGCGAGUUACCCUCGUGGAGUUUCAGCUUUUCUCCUCGGC